AUGGCCUCCACCAGGCUAUCGCCAACGGCGAACUUGCUACGAAAGUCGCGUUUGUUCGCACUCCCUAAAACUCUGAAUAGCCCCAGCGACCAAACAUUGAGAGAAUCCGGCACCGCAACUCUGCCUCACCCCAUUCGAGCCUCCAUCGUUACACCACAAUCAUCACUAGCCCGAGGCGAUUGGGGAUUGAAACGACCUUUACCGGCUAAGUCGACGUCGGAGAAAUCAUCGAGACCUGUCGUCAGACUGCACGCCCUCGAUACCUAUGAACAUGUCACCGACUUCGAAUCCGCCGCAGAUCACACUGUGACCCUCGAGAAGUUCCAGGAGCUGCACAUGCCUAUGUCUCUCCCCUCUAAAGUCAACUAUGCUACAAGUGUUGUGCCAAGGCACCAAAGUCCGUUCGAAACGCACCUCGAUAAUACCGAGACUAGCCAGGGUCUCCAGGAACCUGGUGCCAAACAAUUCAGACACACCGGUCCUUGGCUUGCUGGACAGACGGAGGCAGAGUUCGUAGCGUACUUGAAGCAAGUGACUCGCAAGAAGCCUGAGCUCCUGCAGAAGCUUCGCGAACAGUUUGUUGCUAAGCGGUCUGCCGAGAUCCGAAAACUGGCACAGGAUAAUGGAGAGGACUUGGACGCCCAUCCCGCAACUGUCACUGAUGCGGAGUUCAAUGCCUACAUUAAGACUCUGCGGAAUGAUCCAUUCGCUCUUGGACCUGUAGUCUUUGAUCUACUUGACCUCGCUUCCCCCCUGCCGUUCCCAGCGAGCGUAUCGGGCGCAAGACCCCCGAAGACACACCCGUCUGGCGGUCUGUCAUACACACGAUCGCACGCUCUGAUUCAGAAUCAUGCCCAAUUUGGUCCACAAGCCCACCAACGCCCGGUGGAGGCUCGCAUCUUGCGCCCUAAGGGCCGCUUUAAGGGACGCAUGGCCCGGGCCCUCGCAGGUAUCGGUGGUAUUGCCGUCGAAGAUUUGAAUGCCAUGACCUUUGUGGAGCAAGGCACACCCCCCGGUCUGACUUUCUUCGAUGCGUCCAUCCCUGGUGGAGGUAAAUACUGGGUCACUCCUAUUCGGGCUUCGGUUGACUCCGACGGCCGUAUUGGUCUUUCGUCUUAUCGCGCGAGUGCAACCGCCAAGGCUCCUUAUGGAAUCGAAGACCACCACAAGCCGAGUACCUUGACAAUCUCCGAUGUUGCCACUGCUCCAUCCCCGCUGGUCCCAAGAUUGGACAGACAGUCAUUCGGCCAGCCUCGGUUCCAGCCUUCUACGGAGAACCGUCCCCGGAGGCAACCCACGAGGGGGACAGAGGACGUUGCACGAAGCCUUCUCAAUAACCUCAACUCUAGGUCAUAG